ACCCCAGGCUUCGGGUCUGUAAUCUGACUGUGGCCAUCGGCAGCCAGAAAUGAGUUUCUUUCUAAUCAGCUUUCCAUCAGCCCCCAGUCACUCAUAUAAAGGAGCUUGGGGAGGGAGGAUUCGCACUGCUCCGUCUCCGACGAGAGGGCUCUGGAAGCGCGGCCGCUCUCAGGCCCUUUCCUGGGCUCCGCCGGCGUCGCUGCGCCCCUCGAGCUCCCCCUACUGCGGAGAAAGAAGAUUACAUCGGGAUCCAUGCAGCCGGCAAUGAUGAUGUUUUCCAGUAAAUACUGGGCCAGGAGAGGGCUUUCCUUGGACUCAGCGGUGCCUGAAGAGCAUCAGCUGCUUGGCAGCUUAACCCUAAGUAAAGCUAACUCUGGCAAAAAUGAUGAUAAAAAAGGCAACAAGGGAAACAGCAAAAGUGAAACUGCUCCAGAAAGUGGCAAGACGGCAGUUGUCUUCUCCUUGAAGAAUGAAGUUGGUGGAUUGGUGAAAGCUCUGAAACUCUUUCAGGAAAAACGUGUCAACAUGGUUCAUAUUGAGUCCAGGAAAUCCCGGCGAAGAAGUUCGGAGGUUGAAAUCUUCGUGGACUGUGAGUGUGGCAAAACCGAAUUCAAUGAGCUCAUUCAGUCGCUGAAAUUUCAAACUACAAUUGUGACGCUGAAUCCGCCGGAGAACAUUUGGACUGGAGAAGAAGAGCUAGAGGAUGUGCCUUGGUUCCCCCGGAAGAUCUCUGAGUUAGACAGAUGCUCUCACAGAGUUCUCAUGUAUGGUUCUGAGCUUGAUGCCGAUCACCCAGGAUUUAAGGACAAUGUCUAUCGGCAGAGAAGAAAGUAUUUUGUGGAUGUGGCAAUGGGUUAUAAAUAUGGUCAGCCCAUUCCCAGGGUGGAGUACACGGAGGAAGAAACCAAAACUUGGGGCGUUGUGUUCCGGGAGCUCUCCAAACUCUAUCCCACUCACGCUUGCCGGGAGUAUUUGAAAAACUUCCCUCUGCUGACUAAAUACUGUGGCUACAGGGAGGACAACGUGCCUCAACUUGAAGAUGUCUCUGUGUUUCUAAAAGAAAGGUCUGGCUUCACGGUGAGGCCGGUGGCUGGAUACCUGAGCCCGCGAGACUUCCUGGCAGGCCUGGCCUACCGAGUGUUCCACUGCACCCAGUACAUCCGGCAUGGCUCGGACCCCCUCUACACCCCAGAACCAGACACAUGUCAUGAACUCUUGGGACACGUUCCACUACUUGCGGAUCCUAAGUUUGCUCAGUUUUCACAAGAAAUAGGCCUGGCAUCUCUGGGAGCAUCAGAUGAAGAUGUUCAGAAACUAGCCACAUGCUAUUUCUUCACAAUUGAGUUUGGCCUCUGCAAACAAGAAGGGCAGCUGCGGGCCUAUGGAGCAGGACUACUUUCCUCCAUUGGAGAAUUAAAGCAUGCUCUUUCCGACAAGGCGUGUGUGAAAGCCUUUGACCCAAAGACAACUUGCUUACAGGAAUGCCUUAUCACGACCUUCCAGGAAGCCUACUUUGUUUCAGAAAGUUUUGAAGAAGCCAAAGAAAAGAUGAGGGACUUUGCUAAGUCAAUUACCCGUCCCUUCUCCGUGUACUUCAAUCCCUAUACACAGAGCAUUGACAUUCUGAAAGACACGAGAACUAUUGAAAAUGUGGUGCAGGACCUCCGCAGCGAUUUGAACACGGUGUGUGACGCCCUGAACAAAAUGAACCGCUAUCUGGGGAUUUGACCUGUGGGACCAGUGUCAUUGCCAGCACAAUCUUUUUGGGGCUUAGUGGCAAUUCAGCCAACAUCAUAUAACACCAGUAACUUUCUGUGUCAUGGCUUGACUAGUCAGCAUGCAAUUCUGUAUAUCUCUAGACCUACUUGUAACCUACUGUGUUAAUGUGUGAGAACACCAUAAAGAACCCAGUGACAGAUAACCCUCAUUGUAUGAAAGGCUGUUACAUGUUUAAUGUGUUAAAUAGAUUUGACUUCCCUGCUUUGUGUCCUUAACCUAACUGCUGCUAUUUAAAAUUUGUAACAAAUGGCUGUCUUAUGAUUCUAGCGUAUGUAUGACCUUUUCUUUCUCACUGAGCCUUUCCUUCUAUGUUCAUUAGAUAAAAUGAAAAUAGCAGUGGAACUUUCUAUUUUCUGUAGUAUCAGUGUUUUCCCAGCAUUAUUUGAGAUAAACCCAGAAUUUUGUGAAACUUGCUAUCACAUUAACAAAAGACUCAGUAUUCCGUUUCAACUGAAACUAGUGAACACGCUAGUUGGGAUGGUUUGUGGGUUGAGUAUUUAUACAAGAUAAGAAAAAAGAACUUUUUAUAGAUGGAAUAUAUAGGUUGCAUUGAUCUUCUAACAAUUGAGUUGUGGCAUGCUUCCCAAAUAUUUUGGACGAACUUCCAGAGAGGCCAUUAGGAAAGGCUAAACAGAGGGAAUAAAUCCUGGGACUAUGAAUUUUAUGCUGGAGUAAGGUGAAUUAUCCUGCUCUGGUGUGUAACCCAUUUCUCUGAGAGAACAAUAAUAUCAUAGUGCGUUGAUUUAAAAAAUGUGACAGCUGAAUCUCAGAGAGGUUACAUGAUUUGCCCAAAGUAGCAACAUAGUUAGUUUUACACCAACAUUUAUGGCCUGUUGCAUCUUGCUUUUGGAUUGCUAAGAAAUCCAACUUGGCCUAUGCAUGUAUUUAUGAGUAGUUAGAGAAGGAAAACCAGUGCAUUAUCACUAAAUGGGACUUGGUUUAUGAUCAAAGAUUGCCAAAAUUACAGCUAUUGCCUGUCACAGCUCAAAACCAAGCCAGAUCUCUGGGAGUCUGCUCCUGUGCCUGAAGUUGGGAUAAAUUUGGGCAAAAAACAGUUACACCACAAAUCUUUAGACAUCUUUUGCCAAGAAUGAUCUUUUAAUAUGUAUAACUGCAAAUGAAUUCAUAUAUUCUUAAACACGGCCCAUUGUGCAUCAGAAAUCUGUGGACUAAGUAUAUUCACGAGAAUGUGAGAAAGAGUUAAAAUAUGCAGAGAGGUAAAAUUAAAAUGAAAAAGCAGAGGUUUGAAUAUUGGCCAUCUUAACUCUUUAAGAUCUCCCAUUUCUGAAGGAUUCUCAGAACAACUGAGUUUUUGAAAAGGGUUUUGGCAGAUAGGAUGUGAGAAUAAUGCAGUUUAAGUGCAAUUUUAGGUGAAAGAGACAGUGCCUUGAAAAACUGGUGGUAGAAAAAUGAUGAGCAAACUGAACUAAACUUAAAGGAGUUGUAUAUUUCAAUAGUUUUAUAGAUGCAUAAACACAUAGUUUUCUAACAUUUGCUAGAUCUAGAUGAGCCUGAGUAAUUAUUUACUUCUACAUACUAAGCUACAAUUAUAACUCAGAACAGUAAGUCCAGAAAUUUCUAGAACUAGUUGCUGAAUUUUCUCAAAGGAGAAAAUUGGCUAAGAAACUCUUCAUGUCUGCCUUCUGUGUUGUUUCCAUAAUUUGAUGUUGCUUUAGACACCAUUAAAAAAAACCCCUCAAGUAGCCAUCAAGCGUUUCUUUUCUGUUCCUGAGAUAGGGGAGCUUCUUAGUUGAAUGCACUGAAGGAAUAAUUAUAUUAAAUUCUAAACAAAUUCCCUGGACAAAAAUAACAUUUGAGCUAUCUCCUGAUUGGCUUAUGGUGGCAUCUUCAAUUCUCCUGCAUGUUCAAAAUCUAUGUUGUUUCAAAAAUAGAAGAGUUGCAAAGUAAAUAGGCUUUCCCACAGAGCUUAUAGGGGUAUUAUACGAGGAGGAGGAAUUACUUGAUUCUUUUUAGAUUUGUUCUCCAUUCAGAAUAGCAGUAACCAUGGGUUUCGCUGUGUGAAACAAUGGAAUCAUGGUUUUCAUUUGUUCUGAGCAUUUUACAUGCAAAUGCCAUUACAACUAAUGGUGGGAAAAAAUCCCAUAAAAUUUAAUAGCUAUCAUAGGAAAAGUGUUGGUAGAAAAAGUCCCCAAUGGAAAUAGUACAACAAAAAUAAUCAUAGCCAGCUUCUUGUCAUAUCUGAUACCUGCUUAGUGUAACCAUUUGUCUCAAUUACGCUUCAUGACUUCAAGUGAAAUUAAAUGGAUCCAAGGGCAAUUAUAAAUUUAAAGAUACUUGCUCACUGUCAUCUCACUAUGAAUCACUACUUUAUUUUGGCUUUGCUGCUGACUUCUGUAAUCAGCUAAUCAGAAAUCAACUCAAGAUUCCUAGCAAGACCAGGUUUCAUACACAACAUACUUUGCAGAAAAGCCAGAACUUUUUAGUCCAGUUUUCUUCUUGAACCUUUUUUGACUGUUAUGAGUUAGGGUCAGGCAUCCAGUAUAUUGGUGGAUGAUCCUUUACUCAGCAUCAUAAGAGCAUAAUAGAUUGUUCAUAGGUACAUCUUUUAAGAGUAGGGAAAUCUGACCCAAGGUGGUUUGCAAUUUUUUUUUUUCCACAUUAGUGGUAAAGGUUGCGAAACUUGAGUUUCUGGCUUAGUCUCAUUUAUUUACUGUGUAAUUUAGAAAUGAUGCUUUAUGGGGAUGAUAUAUCUGUACUUGUCUCGCUUGCACAUAGUAAAUGGGCCUGAGCCUAAUGAAUGUAAAGUAUUGCAACAUUUACCAACAUGAAAAGUCUAAAAUGAAAAACAGUGUGCUUUAACGUGGAAGCAAAUAGAAAUACAAAGUUUCAUUUUCAAAUGGAGUCAUGGCUCACAUCAUCUCAUUUUCUUCAUUCGAGGAGGAAAACAUUAACACAAGAUGUAGUUGUCCUCCAAUUCAUUUGAUCUAAUUUUCAACUUCUAAAGAAUCAAGCGCUGAUGCUUACUCUCAUGAACCUUGUCUUACUUAUAAUGAAAAAGAAAGCAGCCCAGAGUUUUCCAGUAUGUCAGUUUUUUUCUUCUUCUUCGAUUUCCAAAGACAUUCUCUUAUUUUGGGAAGUGAUUCUUUUGCAGACUAUUGUGUGCUGGGAGGAGGCAAGGGAAUUAAUAGUGAGAUACUGCUUUUUCUAAUAUUAGAUUUGCAUGUGUUCACAAUAAACUGGCUCUAGAUCAUGAAAUGGUGAUUCUUUUUAAUGUGACUUGGUGUCUCCGAACAUUCAUUCCGUGGCUUUGACCAUAUCAGGGACCGUAUCAGGCGCUGAGGAGUUAGUGGUGAAUAAAGCAGCAGAAGUGUAUGCCCACUUCGAAUUUACAUUCUAGUGGAGAGAUACCAGCAAUAAACAAGAUUAUACUAAAUUUUAUGAAGAAAUAAUCUGGGUGAUGUGAUAAAGAACAAUGGGGGCAGGUGGAGGUAGUAAAGUGGCGAGGGAAAACCUUUCUGAGCAGAUAGUGUUUGAUGGAGAACCAUGGGAUGAGAAGCCAGACAUGGGGAGUUGCAGAGAGAGUGUUUCUGGAGGAGGGGACUCCAAGAUCAAAGACUCCAAGGCAGAAAUGGAUGUGUUCAAGGAUGAGACAGAUUGCUAGUGGGCUGGAGAGGAAAGAAAAGAGGGCAGCAAGGGAGGCAAGAAUGAAGAAAUACAGGUCCUAGUGUGAGGCAGGUGUACUCUGAAUGCAGGGGAAAGUCAGUGAAGGGCUGUAAGCAAGACAGUGACAAGAUCUGAUUGACAUUUUUAAGAGGCUACUCAGGCUGCUGUGUGGGAAUGAGUUGUGGAGGGGUAGAAAGGUGGGGGAAAACUAGUUAAGAGGCCAUUACAAUACUGGGGAUGCAAAGUCAGUAUGUUGCUGGAUCAAGGUGGACAUUACUAAAAAUAGUUGUAACUGAGUAAGUUAUAAAGUUGAGUGGGUGGAAAAGUUGUCAGGUGAAAUACUGGGGCAAACUGGAAUAGCUGGUGCCUGGGCUGAUUAUAAUUUGCUUGGAGAAACAGAUGCCUAAUGAUACCCUACGUCUUUUGCAAAUACUUCAGCUUCCUUUGACAAAGCACCAUGUUAAACUUUCCUUGACCAGCUUUUUUUUCUAAUUGAAAUAUAGUUGAUAUACAAUAUUCUGUUGCUUUCUGGUGUACAGCAUAGUGAUUUGACAAUUGUAUACAUGACUAAAUGCUUACCACAAUAAGUGUAGUUACCAUCUGUCAUUAGACAGGAAUGUUGUAAUAUUAUUGACUACA